CAUGCAGUUUGAACGAGACCACAGCUGUCAGUCCUGGCACAGCCUACUGAAACGGGCAGUGACCACAAAGAGGAAGCAGCGCCCAUCACUGUACCAGCUGCCACCCAACGCCAUUGGCAAUGUGCCCCCUGCCAUUGAGAGGUGUAUCUCACACAUCACACAAUAUGGCCUGAAGGUGGAUGGGCUGUACCGGCGCUGUGGCUUGGCCACUAAGGUCAGCAGUCUGGUGGAAGCCCUCAGCAGAUCACCUAAAACUGCCCCUCUGGAGAAAGAUGAACAGGGUCUCCUCGACGCUGCAGGGGCCCUGAAGCAGUAUGUCCGCCAGCACGUGGUCCUCAUCCCUCAGACACAAAGGGAACUGUGGGUCAAGGCUGCAGCCCACACUGAAGAGACCCUUAGACUGGCUACCUACCGCAGACUCCUGAAGAAGAUGCCCCCUGACAACAGAAUCACACUCAACGCCCUGUGUGGACACUUCUACAUAGUUCAGCUGUACAGUGUAGAGAACCGUAUGACAGCUCAGAACCUGGCGCUGGUGUUUGUCCCAACACUGUUCCAGGAGCUGGCCAUGAACACAAACAUGGUGCGCCUCACCAUGGAACUCAUCAUACACCACACACUCAUCUUCCUGGGUAAAGAACAAGAGUCUGACAUGGAGAGUGAAGAACUCAUAACAAAAUUAUAGAAAAAAUCACAUGUAUAUAUUUGGCUGUCAAAGAAAGCUUAUAUUGGAAAUAUAUAUUUGGUUACAUAGUGCCCUAGUUACAUAGUGUAGUCGUUUUCACAACUUCUUUGAACUACACAUUUAGGCCACGGACUGGAUUAAACGUCUUUAUUCUGCUACAUUCAACUUGGGUUUAUUGUAAUUUAGGUGAUGGUAAAUAAUAACAAACCAAGCUCAAAGUGUAUUUUGUUUAUAGUGCCUUCAGAAAGUAUUCACACCCCUGGACACAUUUUGUUGCGUUACAGACGGAAUUUAAAAUAGAUUGAAUUGAGAUUUGUUGUCCACUUUAAAUUUUUUAUUUUUUUUAU